AUGGACCUCUGUGUGAAUAACAGAUAUCGCAGUUUGAAUAAAUUACAAGCCAUGAAAUUUAAGUUCUGCUCGGAUGGUGACUGCCCAUUGUGGGCUUUGGCAGCGCUGCAUGCCCUUGGCAGUCUCCCUUCUACUUUGUUCAGGACCUUGCUGCAGCAUGUGAUGGAGGAACAACCUGAUGAUGGAAUCAUGGAGAUCUUAAAAGACACAAGUCUUUCAUCCCGUGAUGAAUGCGCCCGUGCUGCCGCUGUUAUUCGCUGGGUGGUCCAACAAGCGUGCGCGUGCGCAUGUGGAGGUGCACAACUAACGCGCGAUCUGCUAGUGCUCGGCGUCCCUAGAGCUCAUGCAUCUGCUCUUGCAGAUGCAGUGGACAACUAUAGGCCAGAGCAUGUUGCGCAUGUUGAGGCUAAUGGUUUCAUGAUAAAUAAGCUAACCGACGUCUCCGCAUCUGCUGAUCCAGAAGGCACAGUAGACAUGAUAACGCUUACGAUGCUUAGCGAUGAUGUCUUCACAGGCGAACAGAAAAAACGUGAACUACUCGUGGAAAAGUCACAAGUCAAGACACUGUUGGAAGAACUCAAGAAGGCUUACAAGAAAAUGGAGGAGAUUGAUGAAUAA